AUGCUUUUGCUGUCCAGCCUUCUAUUCGUAUUCCUCGCGAAAGUUCACACUGAAAAUCUCGAUGAUCAGCUUUUGGCUGAUGCAAUUCAAGCUGAACGAGAGGCGCUGUCGCCUAAUUUUAAAAAAAUAAAUCGUCGUGGAGUAAUAGGACAAAAACUCGAAAAUGAGGUGCGUGACUCCGAUUUCAGCAAGUCAAACUUUCGCACCGACGACGAUUAUAGUGACUUUGAAGGGAAAACACUCGGACGAGACAGAUCCGACGAAUUGAGCACAGUGACAUUGGGUCCGUCGACAAUCGAGGAUUCCCGUCCCCAACUUGAUUCAUCAGAGGUCGCUGUCGGGAGUCGGGCUCACGGAUCUUUACCCGGUAGGCCCUCGUCAUCAGAGAACCCGGUCAAACGUCCAUCCACUUCAAUGAACACUCCUAAGUCCAACCCACAACCACGAUUUCCUCGCAUGGGCUACUAUUUCCAGCAUUAUCCCUGGUGGCUUCUUCCUAGACAAUAUCGACUUCGCUCUAAAGACUUUGGUUAUGUCUAUCCACCACAGUAUCAGAGUGCAAAAUAUAUUUGGCCAGGUCGUCUUCCAUAUGACUAUGAUCCGUAUGCAAUUUACUAUCAAACACAACAAGCUAGAGCAAGCUCUUCUCAAAACUUUGGCGAACAAAACGGCUCAGGCUAUGGAAAUGGAGCCACUGGCGGUGGAUUCGGAGAGCCCUCUCUACAUGGAAGUGAUAACAACCAAAGUGGCGAAGUGGAACUAAACGAAAAGGCA